AUGGUACGGUUCGGCUUGCCGCAUCGGCCGGCUGGAGGGAACGGAGAAGGAAACAAUGGACCUGGCACCCAGAAUGGGCUCAGCGGCGCGUACGCUAUCGAACCGACCUCGCCGACGCCGGCACAUAAUCAGAAUACUGCACCCGGCUUCUUCACAUUACCACUCUGGAAACGCAGGCACGGGCGGCUGGCUACCCCGCACGAUGAGCACGGGCAACAAAUAAGGCAGCCUAUAUUUGAUAAGGCGCUGCCGCCCACACCGCCGGCGUCGGACGAAGGCCAUCAGUUGAGAGCGACGACACCAGGAUUGCGGACUUCGCCGUCACAGUUGUCUCUCGCGACUUCACGGCCGGCGUCGGUCGUGGGCCCCGACCAGCCUGCUGCUACCGUUGCUCUUGCACAGGCUAGCCUGGGAGUAGGACUGCCGCACGUCAUUGGCCGAGCUUCAAUAUCAUCCGCCGCAUCCGAGGGCCAUGCCGACAGGCCCAGUCCUGAUCACCAGCCCGCUCGGGCCAGCGUACGCCGAGUACAAAGCAGUCAACGUCUGGGUAACAAACACGAAGAACUCCCAUUGAACGUCCAAACCAGUCGACCCGAUCUACCAGUUGAUGUCACGCCGCCCCGUCAGGGCGCCGGCAUGUCUCGGCGACCCUCGUUCUGGAAGCGUAGACGCUACGACUCGAAUAAGAGUGCCGAGCAGCUUGCAAAGGAGAAAGAGCCGGAGCCGACGCCUUCCCCCGUCAUACCGAGCAUACUUCCCAGGCUCCCACCGGUAUCACCAUUUGAUUGGGACAGCAGCAUGGCAUCCUCAUCCUCGUCUAUGCUUCCUUCGGAAGAGGCAGCACUAUCUCCUCCCAGGCUUGUGCGACGAGCUUCCGACAAACGCAAUUACAACUCGUCCCCUCUCUACACCGCCUCUCCCCCCACGUCGCCUUCAUCUCCCAAAUCUUCAAAGGAACCUGGAACACGAAGAACACCGCGCAGGCCAUCUACCGCAGGUGGCGCUUUGGAUCGUCCACGAGCCAAAUCACUCUACGUCGAGCCCUCCAGUCCCCCGGCACAGGACUAUCCCCUACCUACGCCUCGCAAGCUGCCUCCACCAUUACUAGUGCCUAUGCCGCAACCUGACGAACCGCCAACAAUACAAGCUCUACCGCGUCAACGUACGACUUCCAAUGCGCCGCUGCUACGACGAUUAUCUGUGAACCUAUUCUCGUUCGGCAACUCCUCGGCUGUAGCCGUGUCACCUGUAGUGGACAGGUCUAACCCGUUAACGUCUUCACCCAUUCCCACAGCGUCGCCGCGGAAUUCCACAAGCAGGACAUCGUUACCGCCGCCCAGACCGAAUGUGGGAGAGGAGACGCCCGAGGAAUAUUUGGAUCGGCUUACAGAGGUUGUCUCGAAAGCGGAUGUCGCAGGCGUGCUGGCCUCGAGCGGAGACGACUUUCAUACUCGGGCCCUGCGCACCUACAUCCAUCGCUUCGAGUUUGCUGAGGACUCGUUGGACGUUGCUGUGCGCAGAUUACUUAUGCAUGUCGGCCUCCCGCGUGAGACCCAGCAAAUCGACCGUGUCAUGGAGGCUUUCGCGCAGCGGUACCAUCAGGACCACCGCGAUCUGUACAAGUCCGAAGAUCACCCCUACAUUCUUGCUUUUAGCCUAAUUAUGCUUCACACCGACGCCUUCAAUAAAUCUAAUAAGCGCAAGAUGACAAAAGCGGACUACAUGAAAAACACUCGGCUUCCCGGUGUGCCUUCGGAGGUGCUCGACUGCUUUUACGACAACAUUGUAUUCGCACCGUUCAUCUUCAUUGAGGAUCCUCUGGAUCGUGGACUCGCCUCCGAGUCGUCCUCUCGGUUUCUCCCGGGCAUGACCGUCUCUAAUGGCAGUGCACCGGCCGCCAACGGUAGCUCCCUCACACUCAUUGGCAAGAGCAAUAAAGUCGACCCGUACUAUCUCAUCACCAACAACCUGCUGAAACCUCUCCGUGUCGAUGCAGGGGCCAUCGGUCCGCUUGAAGAUCCCUUCUCGUACCAUGGAACGCUCAGAACCUUUGACGUGGAGGAGCUGCGCAUGUCCUUUGCGCGCGCCGGCGUUAUCGAGGUGUCUUCAGAAGCCAGGCGCGCGUCAACAUCUGUUUUCGCCGUGAGCGUCGGCGGCUUCGUUGCGAUCCCCGAAUCUGAAUCUGUCAACAUGACGUCGGAUCGUGACGUCGUCCUCAAAGUCGCGAGCGUUGGGCUCUUGCAACGUCGAGACAUCUCGCUCGAAGGCGGAAAGCGCGCUCCAGCACGCAAGUGGCGCGAAUGGAGUGUCGUCUUGACUGCGACACAGUUAUUGUUCUUUCGAGACCCCGUCUGGGCGACGCAUCUUCAGGAUCAGGCCGCAGCGGGCGCAGAACAGUUGUUCAUGCCACCUUCGUCCCUUCUCAGGCCUGAUGAGGUGUUGAACAUCAAGGAUGCGAUCGCUGUUCACGAUAGCAGCUAUGGAAAGUCAGAGCCAGACUACCAAGAUCAGGACGCGGAUCUGCAUACACUGUUACUCGUCAUGAGAGAUGGGCGCCAGAUCCGUUUGCGUACACCCAACGAGCAGACCAUGAACGCGUGGAUCUGCCGCAUCAACUAUGCUAGCACCUUCAAGUCCACCGGCGUACGCAUGAGGCCUCUCGGCUUAUCCGGCAAGGACGUGCAACUUAUGGGUGUCGCCGCAGCCAAGUCUCAUCUGCGCGAUAUACGCACGCAGCACGCUACCGAGGAACCGGCUCAACGAGUACGUGCAGCAUGGGAUGCGCGCCCGUCAACGUCAACGCAAGGGAGCUCCAGCACAGGCGAUCAUGCUCUACAGCUUACUGCCUCGCCCCCUUCGACACCGAGCCUUGCACCUUCCGAUGGGCACGUACAUCCGCGCCAGACUCGUGCCGCUACCGUCGCAUUUGACGCACCUACUGCCCCAAUCAUUGAUGGUGCACAACAGUUCAAAGCGACAUUUGACCAGGUUAAAGCGGAUCUGGCCGCUGGACGUACGCCCUCAACGGAUGAUUACGUAACGAGACCGAGGGCUCUCAGCCUCGAGUCUGCAAUCCAGCCACCGUGGACGGGUGCGUCUAGUUCGCCGAGCUCUCCCGAUGAAGGGAAGCCGGGCUCGCGGGCGCAAGCUGUGAGGGAAAAAAUCAAGGCCUUGGAGGGACGUAUCGACGCCGUACAAGCCGAGCUGGAUGCAGACAUGCUCGUCCUACGCAAUGUCGCCAUCCUCACACCCUUCCAGCGAUCCACGCGCGACAGACUUCAGGCAGCCGCCAUCAUGUCUUCUCAGCGUGUCCGUGCAAGAAGACUGGAGCUGGCGCGGUUGUCAUGUCAACGUGAAAUACUUGCGGACGAUAUUCUUGCCGAGGCACGAGACUGGAGGAGGAAUAAGUUCCUCGCACUCAAGGCUGCCACAGACGUCCUGCAGACCCGCGGCGCAGCUCCGGUCUCUCGAAAGAAGCUUUCCCUCCAUAUCGAGGAGCCUGAAAAGUCCAAUGGCUCGCCGAGCUCACUGCCGACGCACGUUCCCGAGACGAGCACCAACGAUUCGUUCCAUUCAGCUCUGGAGUUCGAAUGCGAUACGCCCGCGAAUGACGGCAACUCGAGUAUCACCGAUUCGCCACUCGCUACACCACUGCUCGAGGAGCGCAUGUCUUCGUCUACGAGCUCGUUCCCAUUCUCGCCUAGUAUGGGUACGGGUACGUCUAGCAGUGGCAACGGUAAUGGCGCCACGGCCAUCGCACGCUCCCAUUCACACAAGACGCGUUCUUCGCAUUCUGUAAACGCGUCCACGCCUUCAGAUGCUGCGCGGCGACAUUCAUCGGACCGGGGUAGUGCAAGACAUAGUCCAAGACCGUCUUCCGCGUCGGGGCAUGAACGCUUUGUUACAGCGAGGGAAAGUCAGCCUGAGGAAGAGGCGGAGGAAUGGCACCGGACUCGCGCCGCAAAACGCGUGUCGCUCGUUCAGGUGCCUUCGGAUUUGCGCUUGUCGCGCACACAUCGACCUCAACCCAGUUUGAGGAGUGUGCAAUCUGCGGACGAACGUGCGGCUGGAUUCGUGCCAGCGGGCGAUUACGUCGCGUCCUUCCUAUCAUGA